GUUUGGCUAUAGGAUAGAAUAGGAACGAAAAGAGAAGCAAAGAAGAAUGGCAGGCGAAUUUGCAGGAACAACAGCAACAACAAUGACAAAGAAGAAGAAGAAGAAGGGACGGCCAUCCCUUUUAGACAUCCAAAAACGCUCUCUCAAACAACAACAAUUAUUAGACCAACGUAAACAACAACAACAACAAAACCCUAAUUCUUUCAAAUCUAAUCGCCGAUCCACUCGCCAGAACCCUAAUUCCAAUCACAAUGAAGACGUCGACGUCGACGACGACGACGAUGACGAUGAGCGCAAAGAAAAGAAGCACAAGUUAUUACUCGGCUUGGACAAUUCUUCUGAACAUGUUCACCAGCAACAACACUAUCCGAUUUCUUCGCCCAAUUUUUCCAGCCCUGAUUCCACUCGUCGUCGCAAGAUCAACUCCGUCCGUGCCGGAUCUGAUCAAACGGAAGAAAAGGUUUUGAAAGCGACGGACGCUCUUCAUGAGUCACUGGUGGACUCCGGUCCCACGACUUCUUUGCCAGACAAAAAGUUAUUGGUGUUCGUUCUUGACAGGCUUCAAAAGAAGGACACUUAUGGGGUGUUUUCUGAGCCGGUGGAUCCAGAAGAGCUUCCUGAUUACCAUGAGAUUAUUGCUCAUCCAAUGGAUUUUGCUACUGUGAGGAAGAAACUAGAUGGAGGGUCUUAUGCCAACUUGGAGCAGUUUGAGAAAGAUGUUUUUCUCAUUUGUUCCAAUGCGAUGCAGUAUAAUUCAGCAGAUACGAUAUACUUCCGACAGGCACGAACCAUUCAAGAGAUGGCAAAAAAGGACUUUGAAAAUUUGAGGCAAGAUAGUGAUAGUGAACCACAGCCAAAAGUUGUGAGGAGAGGCAGGCCACCAAAGAGCUUGAAAAAGCCACUGGACACCUCUCCUUCGAAUCUUGUUGCUUGUGAGUUUUCCUCUGAUGCAAUCCUUGCUAAUGGAGGAAACAAUGGCAGCUGGUCCAGUCCUCACAAUCUAAGAAGAGGGCCAACACCAUCUUUCAAGUUUCGGUCUUCUGAUUCACUAAACAGGGCCUCUUAUGUUUCUCAUUCUCUUACGGGUGAAACUUGUGCUAGCUGGUUAUCAGAAUGGGAGAAUGAAUUUCCAGCUUCUGUUGUGAAGGCUGUGUUGAGGUAUGGGAAAAAACAAUUUACAUUAGAUGAGAAUAAACGUGACACCUAUAAGGACUCAUUGUCUUCUGGGCAAGAGCCAUCUGUUUUUACAACCUUUGAAGGAGAAUUGAAGCAACUAAUGGUGGUUGGUCUAAACUCUGAGCAUGGUUAUGCUAGAAGCUUGGCUCGAUUUGCUGCAGAUCUUGGACCAGUUGUUUGGAAAAUUGCUUCAAAGAAAAUUGAAGGCGUUUUGCCUGUUGGGGUCAAGUUAAGUCCUGGAUGGGUAGGAGAAAACAAGAUUAACGAGCAGCAGUGGCACUUAUUUUCUGAAAAACAGAAAUCUUCAAAUGAUUAUAUGCAUUGUGACCAGUCAAGCAGACUUCUAUCUCCGAACACUUCUAGGUCAAACUCUGCUAUUGGGAAAAGAUAUUCAAUGCAAGUUGGGGAAGAUAUGGAAACUAACAGAGAAGUUAACUCCCAAAGUGAGGCAAUGUUUCUGAGUCGUACAGUUGGUGGAUUAAAACCUGCAUCUCAUUUUCAUUCUCAGUCAAUACCUGUAAUCCACUCCGAUAUGAAUGGUUUAAAUGGUAUUGGUGGUUUUGAAUUUAACUCUGCAUCCCAAUUGGGGAGAGCAGGGCUUGGCACAGAACCUGGAAAGUCCAGGCUUGACAAUAGUCCGGUGCCUUGUGAAAUGCUUGGUGUGGUUCCGAACAGCACCCAUCCCAUAUGCUCAAUGCCCACAACUAAUCAUGAUUCAAACCUAUCAAAUGUGGCAGAUUGUUCAAGUAGUCUACCCUCGGAAAAUUCCUUGGCCCUAGGCUCUGGCUCUAGGUCACAUACAGCAGUGGAUCUGGGUCUACAGGGGGAAUCAUCUUGGCCAGAAAUGUCAACUUAUGAUCAAGUUUUCCAUCCAUUUCCACCGGACUUGAAUGUCAGAUUCCUUGCACCGGGCUCACCUAUUUCAAAUAUGCAGAUUAGUUCACAGCAGCAGCCUGAUUUGGCAUUACAGCUGUGAUAUAUAAAGACAUUUCCCUUCAAUUCAACUUGGGGUACCAGAAGGUAAGGUUUUCCUCAAAUUUUAAUCUUUUGCCCAAAUAGGAAUAGCAUUGUUGCAGGCAGGCCAUGUUUGCCAUAUCCUUUGAUUUGGGUGGCACAAUGAGUAGUUGCAUCGGAGAGUGUAGGGAAAUAUUUUGUACAGAUUAAUAUAAAUCCAUUGUUUUUUUUUUCCCUGGUGGAAAUCACAGUUAAUAUAUGUAACAGUGAAAUUCUUUACAUUGGGAUAUUUUCAAAUGUUCCAUUAAAAUGGCUACAUUGAUAUGGAUUAGGAAAUAAGCACAAAUUCGAGUUA